AGCCCGAACUGUCAUGGCGGGGUUGUUUCGCCGCCCUUCGCCUCAACGCAGGGAAGAAGCUUCCGGGAGGGCAGGAGAAGGCGGGCCGCCUUUCGCUUCCUCCUCCCGGGGAAAGCUGCCGCGGGGAGGCCCGGAGCUCCCCUCUGACGGCGCUCCGCAAUUCUACACGCAUCGUAUCGUUUCGCACCGUUACGAUGGUGACACGUGUCGACCCCCGCAUAGCCAGACACGUGUCAGCGCUUUCCCGUGACGCUGCACCGCCGGGUCAGGAGGCUCAAUUUGAAGGGUGGCCGACUUUAAUAAACCUCAUUGCCUCUUGGCCUCCGUUUCCUUCCUAAAUUGGGAUGAAUAAAACCGCUUGAAGGUGAAUCUGGAAUUUUGGCUGUAGCCAGGAUAAAUGCUUCGUAGAAACGAGUCUCGCUUAGUGACCGUCGUCUCGAAGACCCUUUUGAAGAAUUCCUGAUGGACGCCGAACUCUCUGCGGAGGGUCCUCCGGUUAUGCCGGAUUUGCCACAGUUAACCGACAAUGGUGGGGAAGCUGGAGAAACAUCUGGACCAGCUUCUAAAGUCCCGAGGCUAAACGGAGCUCGAGAAGAAGAAAAUCCAGCUGUCCAUGGACUUUCUCAAGAGGAAGAAGAAUCCAGCUUCAAGGACGCCGCGCUGGACUCCGAGGAAAAGCUGGACAACGAGAAGGAGGAGGAGGAAGUAGUUGAAGAAAAUGAAGCAUGGACCGACGGAGGGGAAUAUUACUAUCCGGCGUACGACUUCGUGGAGGCCCCCCGACUUUUGACAGGCUCGUGGGCCGAGUAUAGUCGCACCCCAGAAAACUUCUUGAAGGGCUGCAAGUGGGCCCCCGAUGGGACUUGCCUGGUUACCAACAGUGCCGACAACACGCUGCGAAUAUACAAUCUUCCUGUGGAGUUUUAUGCAGAGCAGUGGGGAGACGUGGCUGAAAUGAGCCCCGUCCUGCGCAUGGCGGAAGGAGACACCCUCUACGACUACUGCUGGUUCCCGCUGAUGAAUUCCUCCCAACCGGAAACUUGCUUCCUGGCCAGCAGCAGCCGAGACAACCCUGUCCAUUUGUGGGAUGCCUUCAGUGGGCAGCUCCGGGCCUCUUUUCGCCCCUACAACCACUUGGACGAGCUGACGGCCGCCCACUCGCUCUGCUUCACUCCGGACGGCGCCCAGCUCUUUUGCGGCUUCGACAAAAUGGUUCGCGUGUUCGACACGUCGCGGCCCGGCCGGUCGUGCGAAAACAGACCGACGUUUGUGAAGAAACAAGGGCAAAGCGGAAUUAUCUCCUGCAUCGCGUUCAGCCCUACGCAACCGCUUUACGCCUGCGCGUCGUACGCAAAGACCGUCGGCCUCUACUCCUGCGCCGAGGGGGACCCCUUGGCGAUGCUCGUCGGGCACCGCGGGGGCGUCACCCACGCCGUCUUCUCCCCGGACGGCUUUUACCUCUUCACCGGCGGCCGUAAGGACGCCGAGAUUCUCUGCUGGGACCUCCGACAGCCAGGCGAAAUCGUCUUCUCGCUCUCCCGUACGGUGGCCACCAACCAGAGGAUGUAUUUUGACCUGGAUCCGAGCGGACGGUAUUUGCUGAGUGGGAACACCAGUGGCCAGAUUACGGCCUGGGACACCACCCAGCCUCCCCCUGAUGACCCCCCGGCCGUGUUACAGCCCGUCCUGCAGUUCCAGGCCGUGGGAGACUGUGUGAACGGGAUCAGCCUCCACCCCACCCUCCCUCUGUUGGCCACGGCCUCUGGCCAGCGCCAGUUUCCCGACCUGCCGGACAGUGGAGAGGAUGAGGCGGAAGGAGGAGAAGGAGGAAGGGACCGUCUGCCCUCCACCCUUCCUCGGCCACGGGGCGACAACGCUCUCCGGCUGUGGUGGUGCUCCUCGCCGUCGGGCGUCGAGGGGGGCGUUUCCUAGCCCGGAAGACCAGACCUCUUCUGCUGCGGCAGGUGGGACCGCGAGGAGCCGAACAAGAACGGCGGCGCCAGUGCGACGGUGCCACGUCCGGUGUGCGCAAAGCCGGGUGCAUAACCACGACUCCCGGACGGGGUGUGAAUCCUUCCGCACAGACGUUGUGAACUUUGAGGACGGGGUGGAGUUUGUGCAUAGACACAACUGUCAAGAGGAGUUUCAGGGAGCAAAAAUCUCCGAGGGGUUUCGGGAGAUGCCCCGAAAUCUUUCUUCUUGGUCUCCUUUCCUUUUUCCAACCAAAGGAAGGGACUGGAUUUCGCCGCCCCCCCCCCCCGAAGGUUUUUUUCCCAGAAUUCCUCGCUUCUCUGAUGCAUCGGUGUUUUUUCCAUCUCUGCCCAACCGACGGAUUUCGGCCGUGACUGUGCUCGGCCGCUGAAGGUUUUCUCCAGAUUUAGGCCAAAAUUCCUUUUUUUCCCAGACUUGUUUUCUCACGGAAAUGUGAUUUUUAUCUUCCAGUGAAAGAUUUAGCAGAAAUUUUCUUCUGGAGUUUACGUCCCGUUGGAAGUCUUUCCCACCAAUCUCAAACUCGUAAAUCUCAAUAAAUUGGGAAGUAUUUUUAAA